CGGCCGGUGGCGGCGGGAGGCGCCCGGACCGCGCCGGGCAUGGUGUGCGGGGACCCCCGCGCCAUGGAGCUGGAGAACAUCGUGGCCAACACCGUCCUGCUCAAGGCACGGGAAGGAGGCGGCAGCAAGAGGAAAGGCCGGAGCAAGAAGUGGAGGGAGAUCCUGCGGUUCCCGCACAUCAGCCAGUGCGACGAGCUGCGGAAGGGCCUGGAGCAGGACUACGGCAGCCUGUGCCAGCGGCAGCCCAUCGGCCGCCUGCUCUUCCGGCAGUUCUGUGAGACACGGCCGGAGCUCCUGCGCUGCAUCCGCUUCCUGGACGCCGUGGAGGAGUACGAACUCUCCCCAGAUGAGAAGCGGAAGGAGAUGGGUGAAGAGAUCAUCCAGCGGUUCCUCAGACAGGAGUCCCCGGACUCCCUGCCCGAGGUGGGCCACCCCCACGCCAGUGAGUACCUUCAGGACCUGCAGAAGAGCCCCUGCAAGGACCUGUUCAGCAGCUGCCUGCGCCCCCUGCACCAGUUCCUGAGCGGGGACCCCUUCGCCGACUACCGGGCCAGCAUGUACUUCGACCGGUUCCUGCAGUGGAAGUACCUGGAAAGGCAGGCUGUCACCAAGGACACCUUCCGGCAGUACCGGAUCCUGGGCAAGGGCGGGUUCGGAGAGGUGUGCGCCUGCCAGGUGCGGGCCACGGGCAAGAUGUACGCCUGCAAGAAACUGGAGAAGAAGCGGAUCAAGAAGCGGAAAGGGGAGGCGAUGGCCCUGAACGAGAAGCAGAUCCUGGAGAAGGUCAACAGCCGGUUUGUGGUGAGCCUGGCCUAUGCCUACGAGACGAAGGACGCUCUGUGCCUGGUGCUGACCAUCAUGAACGGGGGAGACCUCAAGUUCCACAUCUACAACAUGGGGAACCCCGGCUUUGAGGACAAGCGCGUGGCCUUCUACGCAGCAGAGAUCUGCUGUGGGCUCCAGCACCUGCACCAGGAGGGCAUCGUCUACAGGGACCUGAAGCCGGAGAAUAUCCUGCUGGAUGACGAUGGCCACAUCAGGAUCUCUGACCUGGGGCUGGCUGUCAAGAUCCCCGAGGGUGAGACCAUCCGCGGCCGCGUGGGCACCGUCGGCUACAUGGCCCCGGAGGUGAUCAGCAACGAGCGCUACACCUUCAGCCCCGACUGGUGGGGCCUGGGCUGCCUGGUGUACGAGAUGAUCGAGGGGCAGUCGCCCUUCCGCGCCCGCAAGGAGCGGGUGAAGCGGGAGGAGGUGGAGAAGCGGGUGCAGGAGGAGCAGGAGCUCUACUCGGACAAGUUCAGCGAGGACGCUCAGGCCAUCUGCAAGUUGCUCCUGGCCAAGGACCCCGGGGUGCGACUGGGCUGCGGGGCCGGCGGGGCGGCCGAGGUGAAGCGACAUCCCUUCUUCAGGACCAUCAACUUCAAGCGGCUGGAGGCCGGAAUCAUGACCCCCCCCUUCGUGCCGGACCCGCGGGCGGUUUAUUGCAAGGACGUGCUGGACAUCGAGCAGUUCUCCACGGUGAAGGGCGUCAACCUGGACCAAACCGACAGUGAUUUCUACGCCAAAUUCGCCACGGGCAGCGUCUCCAUCCCCUGGCAGAAUGAGAUGAUCGAGACCGAGUGUUUCAAGGACCUCAACGUGUUUGGGCCCAGCGGGACCCGCUCCCCCGACCUGGACUGGCAGCGGCUGCCCGAGCCCCCCAAGCGCAGCCUCUUGCAGCGGCUCUUCCGGCGACACCCAGCUGACUACACCAUUGGCACCUCUGUCCACCCCCCCAGCCCGGCUGCUGUGAACUCGCACCCUCCUGCGGCCAAAUCCUCCUGCCAAACCCCGGCACCGGCACCGUCUUGACCCCUCGGGGGGCCCCCAGCCCCCGUGU